AUAACCAAAGACGACAAUAUACUAGACAAAUCACAAAAAUAUGAUAAAAUAGAAAGAUAUAGAGAUAAUAAUGAUGACUUGAAAGAAUCUACAGAAAGACAUGAUCAGAUAACCAGUGAAGAAAAUUCACAAGAUAAAAAAGCCGAAAAUGAUGAGAACGAGAAUGACGAGGAAGACAAAUUAACAAAACAGAUAACACCAAAAGAAGAUAAUGAAACUGAUGAAGAUACUAACCAGAAUAAUGAGGAAAAUGCAGUGACAGAAAACAAUACUGAAAAAAAUUAUGAGAAAACCAAAGAAGAUCAUAUUGAAAAGGAAAACAACUCAACAAACCAGAUCAAACCAAAAGAAGAUAAUGAAGUCAAUAAAGAGAUUAACCAGAAUAAUGAGGAACAUGCAGUGACAGAAAACAAUACAGAAAAAAAAGAUGAGAUUACCAGAGUUGAUGAUAUUGGAAAGGAAGACAACUUAACAAAACAAAUCACACCAAAAGAAGAUAAUGAAAGAGAUAACAAGAUUAACCAGGAUGAUGAGAAGAAUUCAGUGACAGAAAACAAUACUACAAUCGAUAAGGAGACAAACGACAAGAAAAAAAUAAGACUAAAAAAGAUGAAAACGAGGAAAAAAAUUGAAGAAGAAAAAAGAGAGAAAAGGAAACAACAAAAACAACAGAAGACAAAUGAGAAAAAUGUUGCUGUGAAGGAAAAAAGCAAACCAAAGAAAAAACCUAAGAAGAAGAAAAAUGAAGAGAAAAUAAAACAAACGAUAAAAGAAAAACAGAUACCCUUGCCAAAGAUGAUGAUAAAACAGAAAAAUGAAAUGUUCAGCUUGUGA